CAACGAAGCCAUUGUUUUGGUUUUGGUUUUAGCUACUUAGAUAACACAAAGAAAUCUAUCAUCAUCGGCCCAAUGCAAUUUAAACAUUGUUGGUUUCAUUAUUGAAACUGCUUAUAAGAGCACAACUGUCAUCUGAGAUUUUACAUUUAGGUGUCAAAGAAAACAAUGAGUUUCUUUUUUGGAAGUCGAAACAACAAGACAUUUAAGCCGAAAAAGAACAUUCCAGAAGGCACUCACCAGUAUGACUUGAUGAAACAUGCCGCUGUCACUCUGGGCAGUGGAAACCUGAGGCUGGCCGUUAUGUUGCCGGAGGGAGAGGACCUCAAUGAGUGGGUUGCCGUCAACACUGUUGAUUUCUUUAACCAAAUCAAUAUGUUAUAUGGCACAAUAACAGAGUUCUGUUCUGAGGAAACGUGCCCGGUGAUGUCUGCGGGACCAAAGUAUGAAUACCACUGGGCCGAUGGGCAGACGAUAAAGAAACCCAUUAAGUGUUCAGCACCAAAAUACAUUGACUACCUGAUGACGUGGGUCCAGGACCAGCUGGAUGAUGAAACACUCUUUCCAUCCAAAAUAGGUGUACCAUUUCCGAAGAAUUUCUUGUCCAUUGCCAAAACAAUUUUGAAGCGCCUGUUCCGAGUUUACGCCCACAUAUACCACCAGCACUUCAAGGAAGUGGUGCAGCUGAGCGAAGAGGCACACCUGAACACAUCUUUCAAGCACUUCAUUUUCUUUGUUCUCGAGUUCACCUUGAUAGACCGCAAGGAGCUUGCACCAUUGCAAGAGCUUAUAGACAAACUCACUGACAGAUCUAUCGCCAAAGAUCGAUAAUUUUUGUCCGUGACAAGAUAUAUUUGUGCUGUUCAAUUGAUUUUACAGAGACUAUUUAAUUUUAAAGAUUUCUUUUCACUUCAAGAGACAGUAUGACAGUUCCUUAAAUCAUUAAAUUUUAGUAGUCAUAACGGAUAACAGGUUUGAUGAUUUGUUUCCUUUCUUAGAAUUAUUGGGUUAUGUCUAAUGGAAUAUAAGACAAAUAUGCAUUUACUUUCAUGACAUCUUGAAAAUAUUUUAUUUGCUUAUUCUUUCGCUGUAAAAGUUUUUAUUUGCUUGCAUCUUACUAUUGUGCUUUCGGCAAGUAAAAAUGUAUUAGUGUUUAGUACCGUCAGUGCCAAUUAGAAGCAAACUAAAGGAUCACAUUUCAGAUGUUUUGUUUCAAUAAAAAUUCAUAAUGGGGGGGGGGGGGAGUAAAACUGAUUAAUUGUUUUUAAGAUCUUCAAAAUUGAAAUGUGCAAGUUGAUUAAAAUGUAAUAUCUAGUGCUAUAAAAUAAAAAUUUUGGAAUAGACCAAAUAUUAAGCAAAGUUAUAUGUUUGGGGUGGUGGGGGGGGGGGGGGGGGGGGGGGAGAGAGAUAACUAAACAAAUCUUGUUAACAUGUGAAAUUCUUUUUAAACGAGAUUGUUUUAGACUUUGGAGUGGGGUAGGGAUAUGUAUUUUUGGUCAUAAAAAUGUUCUGUUGACGGAUUUAAUUAUAGAUGAAAUAUGCAAAUGGUCAAUUUGUUCUAAUUCAGCUGGAAAAUGUCUGCGUUACAUUGGAAUACAUUCUUUGUUUUCCCAACCUAGUCUUUCCCUUUGAUUUAUUUGUGCUUUGUAUUGUUUUCUUCAUUAUGUAUUUCUAGUCGCUAGUAUAUUCAAGUGGUUAAUUUAUUGACGUUUGUGUACUUAUUUUAGAUAUUGUUUUUCUUUUCUUUCGUUUCGACACCAGUGAUGAACAAAGAUUUUUGGGGGGAUAUAUAUAUGAUAUGAUAUUGAUUUUUAUCAGUGCCAAUGUUUCAAAAUGUUUUGUUCUUAACGGAAUAAUGCUAUAAUGUUGAAAUACUGCCAUGGCAGUUAAUCUUUCUUAGUUUUUAAAUAAAUCAUUUCUCUUUUUCUUACGACAAAAUAACUAGUUCAGAAUGUGCUGAGGUGUUGUUAAAAACAGCAAACAUUAGUUUACUUUCUUAAAAGAAAGGAUACACUUCUGAAAUAUUAGUUUUUUAUUUCUAAAAGAUUAGUUUUGUUUUAGAGAAAUUAUUAAUUAAAAAUGCGAUUAGUGUCUCAACUGUAAGAGCAAAACAGUGUGAUUAUGUCUAGUAUCAACUUGACAUUAGGCUGUAGUAACAUGCGUAACUCAUGUAAAGAUAUUAGGUGAGCCUUAAAAAUAAUAGAUAACUGGUAGUCUGUUAACAUAAUUUUUUACCUAGGAAACCAAUUGCUUGGUUUAGUCGAUUACAUUUGUGUAAUUACCUAGGUAACCAAUUGUUUGGUUUAAUUAAUUACAUUUGUGUAACCUAGUUACCUCAAAUUUGCAUUGAAAUUGGUUACCUUCUGAAAUUUACAACUUUUAAGUUUCAGAACGACUAACCGUUUGGCGGUUUGUGUUAAUUUGAAGUUGCAAUUAAAACAAUGGUUCGUGUGAAAUAUGUCCAGACUUGAAACGUUUUUUUUUUAAUAGAGUUCUAAUAACUUGUAAAGCAAAAACAUUCACAUUGUUGUUUGUCUUGUUGUUUACAAAUGUUUAAUUGCUGCUUUUUGGGAGAUAGUAUAACAGCCAAAUCUUUUAUAAUUAAGAAACAAAAUAUGUACUGAAAUUUCAUACCAGUACUGUUACGAUAUUAAUAGUAAAUUAAUAUUAAAUUACUAUUUCUGACACUUUGAAUUUGUUAUUGCCCAAUAUUGUUAAUUUUCUGUUAUUUGAUAACAUUUUUCUUCAGAGCAUAUUUAAUUUUAAUAUUUAAGUAUUUACUUCUAGUUUAAAAGUAUGUAAACUUUGAUUACACUACAUUUCUAUAGAUAGGACAUGUUUCCUUAUAUUGGUUCCACCAUAUGGAUCCAGUUGUUUUGUUGUUUACUGAAUGUUAAUAUUAUCUUUAUUCAACUGGAACAACCACAUUCUCUGUUGUGGAAGUAGAUCUAUUGUAUUUCAUACUGGUGGUUAUGUUGUCCCAAAGCAUAUGUCCCAUCAUUACUUUGUUUUUACGUGAGAUGUGGGUAUACGUCAUUCUAUGCAAAAUCACAUGCUUUCAUUUAUGUGAUUGAAAAAGUGCAAAUUAUUUAAUUAUCCGUCCUUCCAAAGACCGUAAGCCUUAAGCCUACGUGGCUCAGUAUUUGAAAAGGUUUGUUGAUGUCUCACACUAUAUAACAAUGUGGAGGAUCAUACAUGUUGACUCUACAAGUGCUUUCUGUCACUAAUAUUGAUGGUUCCAUCAUUUUGUCAUUCUUUUCAAGUUUCGAUUGUCCUUAAGAUUUCAAGUUUGGUAUCAACAAAGAUAGUCGACACUCAUAAUCUCUACAUAAAAAUUUGUCUUCUGCAAAUCUUUAAAUUGUUUUCGUUGAGUAACAGUUAUGACCCAAAAAAAAUUUCAUGGUCAUGUAAAAGCAGCAUUUGUAAUUCUUGAUAUUUUUUUUUUUUCCUGUUUUUUUUUUCUUCCAGAAAAAUUUGAAAACUAUAUUAAAGCUUUUAAAAAGUGAUAACUUUCUAAUGCCUUGUAGCACCCUUGAUUCAAACAUUUAAAAUUUGAAUAUAAUAACAGAUGUAUUACAUUGACAAUGUCUUUACAUCAUUUCUGUUUUAAUAAUCCUUUACAUUUCUUUGUAAUAGCUUCACUUCUAUUUGAAUGACUUUAGCACAAAUUUGGCAGUAACUUUGCAAGGGCACGGAAAGUAAGUGAAGUGAAAUCCCUUGUUCUAGAUCAAUGUGCAAUAACACAUAUAUAUUUUUAAAAUAUAUUUUUUGUUUACACUAGGUGUCUCAUGUAUGUCAUUAUAUGAUCAUUAAACAUUCUUAGGGUCUAUAUUUUCAAACCUGUCAUAUCAAAUGCAAAGAAUCUGAUCAGUUAGUGCUAUUUUGUUUAAAACUAUGUCUGUUAUGUUCUGCCAAAUUGCCAAAAAUGAUAAAAUAUACAGUGAUUAGUGGUAAUACAAUGUUUGUUUUAUUUCACUCGAGACUAGUGUAAUAGUGCUGGCACAAAGCUCAGAGAGCUAAUUUCUUCCUCCCGGUAAAAGGUAAAUUGUGAUCAGAAUAAAUAUUUACAUUUCGUUUUAAUCUCACUUGACUUUGGUUAAUUUAUAUUGUGGAUUUUCUUCAGCAUUUUGUCCUUUCAACAAUGUUUUUAUUGAAAGUUAAUGAAUAUUUAAUAUAGUGUCAUUGUACUCCUGCUUUCAACAAAACAUUAUUACUUUAAUGUUCAAUAAAUGCUGCCCAUAGAUAAGUUUCAAGAUGGCUACCAUGGCCUCUUUAUAGGAAUGAUACAAUUUUAUCUUUAUUUAAGAAUGAACAGAUUGUUACAAAACAUUGUGCAAAUGUUUUAUUUUCAUGUUUCAUGUAAAAGAUUUAACAUAAAUUGUGUAUUUGGUAAAUUUAUUUAUUUAUAUCUAAAGCUACCCUUUUGCAGUACCUGUCUUGUGUCAGUUUUAAAGGAAGAAACAACAACAGGGUUUUUUGGGAGUGAGUUUGUAGGUAUGCUACACAUACAGCCAAUGUAUUGGGUGUUUUCACAAUCGUACAUAACCAUGUUCUUCCAUUCUUACUGUCAUUGUGAUUAAUUUUCCUUACAAAAUCAGUGUACAUGUGUAUUGAACUGCAUUAAAUUACACACAUGAUCACAAAUUCUGAAUCGAUUUUUGGGGAUUAGAUAGUCUGUUGAAAUUUAAAAUUGUAAAACGUGGAAGAUUGGAAGCAAUUUAAGAUAAACAUGAGUAGGCCAUCCCUUUAACUAGGUGUUCAUGUGGGGUCACUUUGUUACUACUGCUACUCAGUUGUCUUUUGCUGCAAAUUAUCAAUUCCUUUUUCAAAAUGUUUAUUUCACUAUUUUUCCUUAAAUGUAUUUGUUUCCAUUUUUUAACAUAACGGGCAUCAAAAGAUACAUUACAUUUGGGAUGGGGGUGGAAUCUAUAUUUGGUAAAGGUAUAAACAUUUUGAAAAAUCAACCAUUCUGAGAACUCUUCUCUUUUUUUCUGCCCUUUUUGAUAUCAUAAAUUGCGGAAUAUAUAAUCAGUGCCAGAUUGCAUAGAAGUAGUAGUUUGUUUCUUCAUUUUAACUAUAGGAUGGAAAAUGUGUAGCAAGUAAAAGAUCAUGAGUAGAGCCUGUAAUGCACAACAGUGCGCAUGAUGACAUAAUAUAUUUAACUUAUUCAUGUUUCUAUGCUUUGUAAAAAUAUGUGUAAAUAGGAAAUAUUUUAGCUUGUAAUAUUGAUACUUUGUCAUUUGAUAUCAUUUGUUUUUAAGCUCAGCAGAUAGGUCAUAUUCAUGUGUUUCUUCUUCUUUCUUUUCCCUCUCUUUUUUCAGUCGUCUGGUACAUGUAUAUACAAUGCAUGAAUACUUGUGGGCAUUUUUUUUUAAUCUAACCAAGAAAGGGUAGAUAAUUAUUGAAAGGUAAUAUAGAUUGCACUUUUUUCUUAUUUUUCUUCUUCAAGAAUGAUUAAUUCAGUGCUAAUAAAGCAUGAAGGAAGAUUCUAAUGAAGGUUCUGAAUUAGUUUUGGUUGUUAAAAUAGAUUGACAGUAAUACCAUAUUUGUAAUGUCAAAAUAGCUAAAUUGAUGAGUACAUGAUUCACAUGUUUCAAAGAUUCUAACGAAAGUUUUGGAAAAGUACUGUGUAUAAUAAAUUAAGUAUUAUGUGUGAUAUAUAUCAAGAAAUUAGAAUGUCCAAACCAGAUUUUGGGGCCAUUAUGGCCUUGAUUAGUUGUAGACAUUUUGAUGUUACAGUGAAUUUGGAUGGAAUCCUCUUGACCAAGAUACCAGAUUUGAGGCUAAACCUUGUACCCAGUGAAACAUCCAUGCACAUUUCCAUUAAACAAAAAAAAAGACUCGCUUCAUCAAAGUCCCUUGAAUUCAUGUUAGACCAAUUGUUUUUUUUAUUGUUUUUGUUUUUUUUAAUACGCAGGUCCCCACUCCUAUCAAUAAAGCAUUCAAGAAGAUCAUGGCCCCAUUUUACAAAACGAUUUUAGUGCUAAGAUCAUUUUAAGUGUGUAACUACCAUAUUUGCUUAAUGUGAUCUUAGCUUAAGAUCGCUUUGUAAAAUGGGGCCCAAGUACAUUGUACUAUUGUCAUCCAUUGUCAAUAUGUUUGCUGUAUUUAAUAUAGUUUUGUUAUUUUAGAUUGACAACCCUUUGCUGCUGGACAUGUCUAGGGAAUUUUUAUUUUUAUUUGUGGUACCUGCUGAAUAUAUUGCUUUUAGCAAAUAUUUGGUGUUAUGCAUGUGUGUGUGUUUUGUGUAACAACUUGUUUUGAACUGGGGUUUUUGAAGGUGGUAUUUCUAAUUGUUUUAAAAUAGGUUAUUAUAAUUAAAUAUAUUGUCUAAAAAUGUGAUAUUUCUAUUGUCAUCUCCUGUAAAUUGGACUUUUGUGUGUAUGUCAUUCUAUUAAUUUCAUCUUCCAUACAUAUCUAUCCAGUUGCGGUCCAAGCACUAUGUCUAGAGCACAACUUUGCUAUCUGGGUUGUCUGUCCUUGACAGUGGAUUAGUGGUUGGUGAGGUAAAGAAGUCUGUGUGAUUGCCUUACACUGCCUUACUGAGGCAUAAAACACACUCCAGGUUGGCACUUGUACUGAGAUUAGAUCCCAGUACAUUUUGGCCUUUAGUCUAGUGACUUGACCACCAUGCCACACACAGUGGUAUUCAGCUUAGAACCACCAAGACUGGUUUCAACGUGAAACGUGCAGCUGUGAACACUGACCUUAAGAGAGACCACAGUAACGUCGACACCACACCCCACAGUAAAAUGGUUCCAGUUUGUUUGAAGAUUAGUGUCAAUUUGAAGAUUAAUCUGUUAAGUACAAGACCAGUAUGGGUUAUGUGUAUAAAAAAAAAUAGGUAUGGUGGCGGGUUUGAGAUUUGUGCAAUCAUGCCGUUAAAAUAUUAGGUUGGGAGGGGUUGGUAGGUGUUUUGGGUUUUUUUAAUCAUGAAAGUAACAUUUUAUUCUUUUAAAUUAUAGUUUUAGAACAUGGUUUUAGCAGUUUGUAUUUGUCUUUGGAUAUGAAUCAAUUGUUAGUAAUUAUUAUUAUUAUUAUUUUCUAUUAUUAUUAUUUCUUUUUUAAAUACUUUCUUUGCUGGAAAAAAGUUGAUUGGGUAAAAUCUUUAUAUUUAUAAAAUGUGGCCUUUGCCCUGGAUUAAUCCAAGAUGAAUCUUGAUGGGCAUCAUAAAUCAUAUCGGUUACAAAAGGUGCUUCGUAACUAUCCAUCCUGUUAUCAUGUAUGUAUAUUACAAAUGUAAACUCUACCAUUGCAUCGUAUAUUAUAAAACGAAAUUGUAGUGUAUCCGGGUGUAGAUUGCCUGGGCUGUAUAUUGUGUACAAAGCAAAAGCGUAUGUAGCAGAUAUCUUUUGUAUAAAAUAUAAACUAUC